AUGUCUGUUGCCAAAGCUGUGAGCAAGAACGUUAUUUUAUUACCACAAACUAACCAAUUAAUUGGUUUGUAUUCAAUCAUUCGUGAUCAGCGUACUAAACGUGGAGAUUUUGUUUUCUAUUCAGAUAGAAUCAUUCGUUUAUUAGUCGAAGAAGGUUUGAACCAAUUACCAGUUGAAGAAGCAAUUAUCAAGUGUCAUGGUGGAUACGAAUACAAGGGGGCAAAGUUUUUAGGUAAAAUUUGUGGAGUAUCUAUUGUCAGAGCUGGAGAAUCCAUGGAAAUGGGGUUAAGGGAUUGUUGUCGUUCAGUACGAAUUGGGAAAAUCUUGAUUCAAAGAGAUGAAGAAACUGCAUUACCAAAAUUGUUUUAUGAAAAAUUACCUGAAGAUAUCAGUGAACGUUAUGUAUUUUUAUUAGACCCAAUGUUGGCAACAGGAGGUUCAGCAAUGAUGGCCGUUGAGGUUUUAUUGGCCAGAGGAGUGAAAAUGGACAGAAUUUUAUUCUUAAACUUAUUGGCAGCACCAGAAGGUAUCAAAGCAUUCCAUGAAAAAUACCCUGAUGUCAAAAUAAUCACCGGUGGAAUUGAUGAAAAAUUAGAUGAAGACAAAUACAUUGUUCCAGGUCUAGGAGAUUUCGGUGACAGAUAUUACUGUAUUUAA